AUGGGUGACAGCAACCCCGCCGGGCCCUCAACGGCACCCCUGCCACCCGGCUGGACCUCUCACAUCAGCCCAGCCGGUCGGGCCUACUACCACGACUCCACGUCCGGCGUCAGCACCUACACCCUUCCCAGACCCAAACCGCCGAAACGCGAAAAGCCAGUCUCGAAGACGCUCGUGCCAAACACCUCUGGGUGGUUCAAGGUGACGACGAACAAGGAUAAUGUGUUUUAUUUUCAUCCGGACACGAAGACAAGUGAAUGGCUACCACCGCAGGAAGUGGCGAGCGCCUUGAAGAAGGUCGAGGAGGAGGAGAGGGAGAAGGAGGAAAGAUUGAGGAAGCAAAGGGACGACGAGGAGAGGGCGGAGAGGGAGAGAGUGAAGAGGGAGAAAAGGGAGAGGAAGAGGAAGUUGGAGGAAGGUGUGCCGAUUACUGAAUUCGAUGCAAGUAAGAGGGCGCGACCAGAUGGUGAGGAUGAGGACGGUGAGGAGGAGGAAGGGGAAGAGGACGAGGAAGGGGAAGAGGAGAUCGAGGACGAGGAGGAUGAUGACCAGGAGGGGGGACUCGUUGGUCUAAGGGAUGAUAGCACUACGAGUAUCGCUGGAGCCCACGCAGACGGCACCCAGCAGAGCACCGUCGAAGCACCCGAGAACCACGACGACGACGACGACGACGACCAAGAGUGGCAACGACAGAUUGCCGAACAGAUGGCAGCAGAAGCUGAGGCAGAAGCAGAAGCAGAAGGCACGUCCCUGCCAUCCGCCGUAGCCGACAUCGUCGCACCUUCCACAACCCUCGAAGAUCAAAAGCUCGCCUUCCUCGCCCACCUCACCUCCCUCAACACCUCCCAUCCGAUCAAUCCCAUGGCACCCUACGACCACUCGCUGCCGCUCUUCUCCACCCACCCGACCUUCCUCUCCCUCCCCAUCUCCGCCCGCGAAGACGUAUUCAACGAAUGGUGCAAGCUUCGCAUCCGAGAGAAGCGCGCCUCCAAAGCUGCCUCGUCUGACAAAUCAAACUUGCCCUCCUUUUCCUCCUCUGCGAACUCGAACCCAUUCUCCACCUCUGCAGAAUCGUCCUUCCGCACCCUGCUCAAGCAACAAGUCACGUCCACACGAACAAGAUUCGCCGAUUUCAGCUCAAAAUUCUCUCGCGAUCCUCGCUACACUCGUUACGGGAGAGCGGAUGCGGACAGGGAGAAGCUGUUCAAGACGCAUCUGGUCGAGUUGGGCGAAGCCAAGAGGUUGGCGGCAAAGAAGGCGGAGCGAGGGUUUUUGGAGUUGCUGUCGGACAAGGUGCCUGGAAACUAUCGGGGUAAGGUGGCGGCUGCUGGAGCGGAGAAGGAUGGGGUGAUGGAGGUGUGGAUGCAGGCGAAAAGAACGCCCGGGUUGGUCGAGGAUGAGAGGUAUGAUGCGGUGGGAAGCUCGACCAGGAGGUUCGAGCUGUUCCGCGAGUGGGCCAAGGGCGAGGUGCGUCCAUCUCAAUCGGCUCAACCUCACCCAGAUACGUCCACUCCAGCGCAAGACGACAAGGAAGCGAAAGCAAGGGCCAAACAACUCGCGCUCGAAAGCGCCCUCUCCGCCCGCCAGACCGCCGUCUCGCUCGAACGCUCCCGUCUCUCGCGCGUCAACCGCUCCGCCUACCUCUCCGCCUCGCGCGCCGACUCGCUCCUCUCCUUCCGCCAACUGCUCCUCGACGCCAUCCCCUCUCCGCACCUCGACUACGAUUCAUCCCUCCCCCUCAUAACCCCCGACCCGCGGUUCUCGCAUCCCUCCCUGACGGAUUCGGACAAACGCCAGUUGUUCUCCGAACAUCGUUCCCGAUUGCUCGAUCACGAAUCCUCCAAACUCGGUCGCAUAUUCGCUCGCUACGCUCCCUCGCUCGACACGCACCCGGACGACAUCCUCUCGCGCACACGGGAGGAUCCAGACCUUUCCUCCCCCGGCCUGAACAUAUAUCGUCAAGAUGCUUCCAAACUUCGCACAGCGUUCGAGGCGUGGAAUGCACAACGACAAUCCACAGCGGAAAAGGAGUUCAAACAGAUGCUCCACGAAAGCUCAUUCGUUGACUUUUGGGGUAGACUGCGAAAGUCUUGCUCCCAAACCACUGCAGAUCACGAGAAAGAAGAAGGAGAGGAGGGAGAGGAAGAUGGGGAGGUGUCGUUGGUGGAAAUGGCACGGAAAGUCGAUUUAGCGGAGAUCGAAGCAGUGCUUCGUCAAGAUGCGAGGUUCAAAGCGUUCAAACACGCACCGGAAGUCAGACGCAAGUGGAUCAGAGAACAUUUGAUCGGCUUAAGUGCACCUAGCAAGAGUGUACAUCGUUAG